AUGAGUAAGAGGAUUCUCGUAGACUGUCACACGCAUAUCUACACCAAGCGCCUGGUGUCGCUGCUGCGCUCUCGCACCGUCAACCCACGCAUCCACACCAAUUCGCCCGACGGCACCGAAAAGCUCGCUAUCCUCCCACAGGAAGUCUCCGGCGGACGCACCGUGGGCCCGCAGUACUGGGAUGUGCGCAACAAGGUCUCGUUCAUGAACCGUCAUGCGAUCGACAUUAGCAUCGUCUCGCUGGCCAACCCGUGGCUCGACUUCUUGGACGCUCCGCAAGCCGUCACCUCGGCUCACGAGUGCAAUGCCGAUCUGGAGCAGUACUGUUCCGAUGCUACGGAGCUCUUUGCCAGCGGCAAGGGUGCAUCCGAGGUGGAGGCGGCGAGAAGGAUGAAGGCGUUUGGCAUCAUGCCGUUGGCGCAAGGCGUGGAUCCGAAGGAGGUGGUCAGCAGUCUAGAGUCGAUCGCCGCCUCGCCGAGCUUGUGUGGUGCUAUCCUGGGCUCGCGCGGGCUGGGCAAGGGCCUGGACGAUCCGGAGCUGGAGCCCGUCUGGGCGAAAGCAGCCGAGCUCGGGCUGGUCCUGUUCCUGCACCCACAUUACGGCGUUGGUGCCGACGCUUCACAACCGUCCGGUCUGUGGGGCUCGCAGGACAACGGACACGUGCUGCCGCUCGCUCUUGGCUUCCCAUUCGAGACCGCAGCUGCCACCACGCGUCUCAUCCUCGCAGGCGUCUUCGACCGCCACCCGAACCUCCGCCUGCUCGUCGCGCACUCUGGAGGCGCGCUCCCCAUCCUCUCCUCGCGCCUGGCCAGCUGCGUUGCUCACGACCCGCACGUCUGCAAUCGUCUCCAGCACGACCCGCGCUACUACCUCGGCAAGCUCUACUACGACGCCGUCGCCUAUGGCCCCGAAGAACUCGAGGCCGUCGCUAACAUCAUCGGCCGUGCUGAACGUUACAGGUCCGGCACCGCUGCUGCUCCUGUGGCAAAGAACGGUGGCGACUCGGUAGAGGUGGGCGUGCAGAGGAUGAUGUUUGGCACCGACCAUCCGUUCUUCCCGCCUACCAAGCAGGAUGGGACUGUCAUCACAGACGACCAGACCGAAACGUGGAGGUCAGUUACCGAGAACCUCGAGGCCAUCAGCGAUGUACCUGCUUGGUCGCAGGCGGCCAAGUUGGGGGUGUUUGGCCAGAACGCCGUCAAGCUGUUUGGGUUGUAA